AUGUCACGCAACAAACCUGACGAUGCCAUAGAGCUCGAAAUGCUUUUGGGCAAUGACGAAGACGAAGACUCCAGCAGCCUUACAGUCACCCGUUCAAAUCAAGCUCCUGAAUAUAAUGGUGAGACCAUCCAUCUAUAUCCUUUGGACUAUCAGAAGGUGCAUAUCGUGAGAUGGCAAAUGGCCGCAAAUCUAGUUUUGUUUCUAGUUCUAGGUCUCAACGAUGAAUGCAAUGGUGCCCUAUUGCCAGCUUUGACGCAACACUACAAUGUCUCAAAAGUGACAGUCGCAAACCUCUUCAUUGUGCAGUUCUUAGGCUAUUGUACUGCCUCCCUGCUUACCCAGAAAAUACACACAAGAGUCGGCGCCAGAGGAGCCAUGCUAACAGCAGCGGGACUGUGCGUUUUGUUCUAUACCAUUUUGCUCUCAAGACCUCCUUGGUUCCCCAUUUACGUUGCAUGUUUCAUGCCCCUAGGACUAGCGAUAGGAAUAAUGGACUCGGUGUCUAACGUGCUUUUCGGAAACCUCGAGAUCCAUAAAAACGAAUGGAUGGGUUUGCUCCAUGGUCUUUACGGUGCAGCGGCCAUGGUAACAGCGCCCGUGGUGUCUUAUUUUGUCAAGUACAGCCAGUGGAACCUUUUCUUUCUGCUGCCAUUGACGGUUUCGUUGGUGGGGCUUAUUAUGGUGCCCUACGCUUUCAAAGACGAGACCGCUAACAAAUACAACUAUUUAUGUGAGAUCAGUCGGGAGCAAGGUGACGAGGUUCAUCCCAGCUUCUGGACCUUGGUGCGCAGACCAGCAAUUUACAUGUAUGCGAUCUACAUGUUCAUAUACCUUGGCUCCGAGGUAUCUACUGGAGCAUGGAUCUUCACCUACCUACUGGAAGUGAAAAAAGGUGAGGUAAUCCCGAUGUCUUACGUGACGGCUGCUUUUUGGAUGGGCCUCACGACGGGCAGACUCGUCCUGGGGUUCGUCACGAAGCGGUGGUUUACAAACGAAUAUAGAGCCUCCGCUUUCUACACAAAGUUAAGCUUUGUGAGCUACACAGGUUUCCUAGCUGUAACCUACUUUUCUGGAUCUUCUGCCCUCUAUUUCGUGGCCGUGUCAGUUAUGAUCUUCCUGGGAGGGGUGUUCAUAGGGCCGCUUUUCCCUAACGCUAGCGUUGUCGCUCUGCAGGUCCUGCCGAAAAACAUGCAUGUCAGCGGUGUGGGCAUUGCUGUAGCACUGGGGGGCUGUGGAUCGGCAAUCUUGCCCUAUUCCGUGGGCCUGAUAACGAAUAUGAUUGGUUUUGUAUGGUUUCCAUUUCUGUGCUGGAUAAUGGUUGCUGUCGUGGCCGUUGUUUGGUACUUAUACCCCAAAGUCAUCAAGGGGCAUGAAGAGUAUCUUUGA